GAGACCAUUUCCGUUUAGAUUCCAAGAUGGCUGCCCACAUAUGUAAACAUGCGAUAUAAUCCGCUAGCUGUUGGUGUUAAAGUUUAGCAGUUCUGUAGCAUGUAUUCAUCCAGCCGAUUCGUGUGAUACCGAAUGCUUGGAUAUUAACACCCAAUGCGGGAUUGUUGACUUACAGACAUCCGUGUGUGAGUUAUAACCGAGCCAGAAAGGCGAUACUUAGCGCGCUAACAGCUAACGUUAGCCAUGCAGCAGAAAGCCAUGCCUGCACGGACCUUAUUCGUUAGCUCCCUGCCAGCUUCGGCUUCAAAUGAAGGGCUCGAGCAAAUAUUCUCUGAAAUUGGUCCAGUAAAGCAAUGCUUCGUGGUCAGCGAGAAAGGCACAGAAAAAUGUCGAGGAUUUGGCUAUGUCACAUAUGCCAUGGAGGAAGAUGCACAGCGAGCAUUGAAAGAAGUAAAGGAAUACGACGGACGAAAGCUUUCUGUGACGGUAGCGAAGAAGAAAAUUAACGUUAAAGACAAAAGGAAAACAGCACCUGAAGCGCCUGCUGCUGCUGCAGCACCAAAAGAAAACGAGCAGAAAAACAAAGGCUUCAGGAAAAACAGUCUGAAAGCUCGACUCAUCAUAAGAAACUUGAGUUUUAAGUGCUCAGAAGAUGACCUGAAACAAAUUUUAUCUAAGUUUGGAACAGUUCUUGAGGCCAAAAUUCCCCUCAAACCAGAUGGAAAGAUGCGCGGAUUUGCAUUUGUCCUUUUCAAAAAUGUGUCUGAGGCAGGGAAAGCGCUUACUGCUCUGAACCUCAAGGAGAUAAAAGGUCGGCAGGUAGCAAUUGACUGGGCUGUGCCUAAGGACAAGUAUAUUGCCACACAGCCGCCACCCAGUGCAGUAGGAAAUAAGAUUACAGAAGCAACUACAAAAAAGUCGGACACAAAGAGUGACACUGAAGACGAGGAUGAAGAAAAGCCACAAGCAGCACCUGAAAGGAAAAGAGUCCCUUCCAAACCAUCUGUGAAGCAGGUGGAAGAAUCCCAGUCAGAUGAUGAUGAUGAUGAUGAUGAUGAUGAUGCUAGCGAGGAACAAGACAGUGAGGAGGAGGAGGAGGAGGAGGAGGAGGAUGACGAGGAUGACGAGGAUGAAGACGAGAAAGAGGACGAUGCUGUGUCCCAGGAACAGGAUGACGGCAGUGACGACGAUAAGAGUAGCCUUGAUUCAGAGGAUGAGGAUGAAGAUGAAGAUGAAGAUGAAGAAGAAGAUAAAUCAGCUAAGAAGAAAGCCUCAAAUAAACUUCUCCCUUCAGAUGUGAAAGAGGGCAGAACAAUUUUCAUCAGGAACCUCUCCUUUGAUACGGAGGAAGACAGUCUGGAGGAAGUUCUGCUGAAGUACGGAGAGACUCACUACAUUAAGAUUGUUAUCCACGCAGACACGGGACAUUCAAAAGGUUGUGCAUUUGUUCAGUUCAAGACUAAAGAGGCUGCAGACAAAUGCUUAUUAGCAGCAGAGGAUGAGGCGGAGAACGGUGGCAUCCGUCUAGACGGCAGGAAGCUGUUGAUCGUGACAGCCGUGACCAGAGACGAUGCUUCCAAGCUGAAAGUGGACAAGGUGAAAGUGGAAACGGGCACCAGGAACCUGUAUCUGGCCAGAGAGGGAUUGAUCCGGGCUGGAACCAAAGCUGCAGAGGGUGUACCUGAAGCAGACAUGACCAAAAGAACCAGAUUUGAAGAAAUAAAGAGGACCAAGCUUCGGGCCAUAAAUGUGUUUGUGUCAAAGACUCGCCUGUGUGUCCAUAACCUGCCCAAGUCAGUGGACAAUACAAAACUAAAGGCCCUCUGCCUCCAAGCAGUAAAAGGAGGCAAGGGAGUCCGCAUCACAGAGUGCCGGGUGAUGUAUGACAAGAGGCCAGAGAAGGGUCAGGUGGUGGGACAGUCGUUGGGUUAUGGCUUUGUCCAGUUCCAGACCCAUGAACAUGCUCUCAGCACACUUCGUUACCUGAACAACAACCCUGACAUCUUCGGCUCACACAAGAGACCUAUUGUUGAGUUCUCCCUGGAGGAUUCAAGGAAACUCAAAAUAAAAGAAAUGCGUCAUCAAAAAAACAAGGAACAACAUCUGACUUUUAAAAGAGGACCAAAGCCUCAACCGCAGACAGCCGGAGAUGGAAAAGGGCCGAGGAAAGGUGGAAACGAGAGAGCUCCUGUUCAAACCGAGAAGCAACCCGGAGGCCAUUUAGGCUUCCAGACCAACCCCGAGGUCGAGCACGUAGAUCUGCAGAACGGACAGAAACGAAGGAAGACUCUAAACUUUCCCUCCCAUCGGGGGCCUAAGAUCAGAAUGCGUGACAAGGGAAAGCAACAGGCUCCGCCUCCCAAAAAAGCAAAGCCUGGAUCCAACAGGAAGGACCGUCAACGACAACAGAUGGAAAAGCCCACACAACGCGCCAACCAGGUUAAACCCACAAAGAAGAAUUUCAAGAGAGGGGGCGGGGACCGUUUUGACAGCCUGGUGGAGCAGUACAAGAAGAAACUGAUGGGCAACAGUGACAACAGCACCAAUGUCAGAAGAAACAAGUGGUUUGAUAGUUAAUGCAGUGUUUGUUUGUUUGUUUGUUUGUUUGUUUGUUUGUUUGUUUGUUUGUUUAAGAGAGAGAGAGACAAUGUGUUUGGAUCUUUAGUGUUUAAGGCUACCACGACAGAACUCCUCUACAAUUGGCAUCCUGAGGUUUUAAAAUAAGUACAGUGGUUCUCACAAAGUCAUUUUGUGGCUAAUUGUACAGUAUAUGAAGCUUCAUGUGUGAAACUGUACGGUUCCCUAACGUCCUUCAUCCUCCUCCUGCUUUUCUGUAAUCCA